AUGGCAUCAGCAACAACCAUGACGACCUCACCCCCUUUCACACUCGACGCAGGCACGGCAUUCUGUCUAGCCGUGGCCUUCUCACUGAUGCCGACCGCACAAGCCUUGGCCGGAAUAGCCCUCCCCAAGAACAUCUCGCGCACCUACUACUACCUGUUCCUCUGGCACGCGUACGACUUUCUCACACACUUCAUUAUCGAAGGCAGUUUUCUCUACCACACCUUCUUCUCGUACAUUGACCUCCCCAUCCCGACGUCCGACUACCCACACCCGGCGUCGCGCGGAGGCCAUGUCGGACCGUACCUGUACGGCGACGCGAACCGCCGUUACGGUCCGAUAUACUCACAGGCACCGAUGGCGCGGCUGUGGCAGGAGUACGCAAAAGCGGACCGGCGCUGGGGCGGCGCAGAUCUUACGGUCAUGUCACUCGAACUGCUCACGGUUGGACUCGAAGGGCCGGCUGCGGUGUAUGUCUGUUAUUUGAUCCCCAGAGUCCUCAAGUCGAGCGGUGCGUUGAAGGCUAAAUACCAGACGAGGCUGUGGUUCGUGGCCGUCCUGAUUGCCACGGGAGAGCUAUAUGGCGGGUGGAUGACCUUUGCGCCGGAGUGGUUGAGUGGGAACGCCGCGUUGGCGGGUGACGAUCCGGUUUAUUUGUGGUUGUAUUUGGUCUUUUUCAAUGUUCUUUGGGUGUUUAUUCCCUUGUGGGUGCUCUAUGUUGCUUAUGGGGAGUUCUCCGCUGCUUUCACCUCCCAGGCGGUGGCGUCGAAAAAGACCACUUAG